AGAUUCAUUUGGUUUUGAAUUUUUCUCAAUUGUAAUUAAUUUGGUUAUCACUUUUUAAUUAUCAUUGUCUUUGGUUAAUUACUUUGUCAUUUAAUUGUAACGGUUUGUCAAUAUUGUCAAGAAAGAUGCCGAUUUACAAAGUUAAGGUUAAAUGGGGUAAAGAGAUUUACAAUGAUAUUGAUUUGGAUACUGAUUUGGAGACAACCGUUUUUAAGGCUCAAUUGUUUGCUCUCACUUCGGUUUCAAUUGAAAGGCAGAAACUCAUGUUCAAGGGAAAAGUCAUCUCUGGACCUACAUGGGAUGGAAUUCAGUUAAAAGAUGGUAUCACUUUUUUGAUGAUGGGAAACGUUGACAAGAUUCCUGAAGAACCUCAAGAGAAACCUAAAUUUAUCGAGGAUAUGACUGAAAGUGAAUUAAGCACAGUUCUUGAUCUUCCCUCAGGCUUAACCAAUUUAGGUAAUACUUGCUAUCUAAAUGCUACGGUACAAUGUUUGUAUACCAUACCUGAGUUACGAGAAGCAAUAGCCAAGUUUAUCCCUAAGCGUUCGGAUCUUAUGUUACAACCCAAUGUUACUGUCUCUUCGGAUCUUUUCAUCUCAAUGGAACAUAAAUCUGUUAUUGCUCCAAUGGUUUUCUUGAGUUUUCAUUUAGCAUUUCCUCGGUUUGCCGAGAAAUCCGCUGAUGGUAAUCUCAUUCAACAUGAUGCAGCCGAAUGCUGGACAAGUUUGAUGAGAUCAUUACAACAAGAUCUGAAAACUGCUGAUAAUCAAGGAACUGGUGAUAAUAUUAGUGCAGCUCAAGCCAUUAAGAGUGAUAAUUUCAUUGAACAAUAUUUUGAAGGAAAAUUCUCUGUUACCAUGAAAAACACAGAAAAUGAAGAAGAAGAAGAAGCUAAAACUGUAGAGAAAUUUUUACAUCUUAGUUGCUUUAUUUCCAACCAUGAAGUUAAAUAUCUUCAAUCUGGCUUAAAAUAUUCCAUCCUAGAAGAAAAUUUAACCAAAUUUUCACCAAACCUCCAAAGAGAUUGUAUUUACACCAAGAAAAGUCUAUUGGGCCGAUUACCUGCUUAUCUUACAAUUCAAAUAAUGAGAUUUGAAUAUAAAGGACGUGAAGCGAAAAUUUUGAAAGAAAUUAAAUUCGGUUUCAAGUUGGAUGUUUACGAGAUGUGUACACCAGAAUUACAGGAAAAGUUAAAUCCAAUGAGAAACAAAUUCAAGGAAUAUGAUGAUAAAAUGUUAGCCCUAAGCCAAAAGCCUGACCUGACAAAAAAAGGUGACAAAACCGACGAAAAGCCCAAAUUUGCUUAUCCAUAUUAUUUCAAAGAUGAUCCCGGUUCCAACAACAGCGGCUACUAUGAGCUUCAAGCUGUUCUAACUCAUAAAGGAAGAAACAUCGCCAGUGGUCAUUAUCUAGCUUGGAUUAGACGUAGUAAAGAUGAAUGGUUCCAAUGUGAUGAUGAUAAUGUUACUCAAGUGACCACUGAUGACAUUUUAAAACUGGCCGGUGGAGGUGAUUGGCAUUGUGCUUAUUUACUUUUAUAUGGUCCACGAGUAUUGGAAGUUGAUGUUAAACCUGAUGAUUUGGAUUCAAUUGCUUAGAAAAUUAUUCUAAUAUUAACUAAUUGAAAGAGAAGAAUAUUGAUUUGAUCAGUCAAAUGAUUACCUUAUAUACCAACAACAAUAAUGGGAACUUGAAAAAUUAAAAUUAUCUUUUAAUACAAAGUCAAAAUUCAAUACGAGAUAAAUUAAUCAUCCUCAUCAUCAUUUUCAUCUACAGCAUCAAGUUUAUUAACAAUUUCUUUAUCCAGUUCUUUCUCCUUCUCUUUUAUAUCCUUCAAUAAUGACCUUAUCCUCGUUCCAACCAUUGCCUGAGUUAGAACUGGUGUUUCUACGAUUGAUCCUGGCCUCGAAUAAAAUUGUUUCUCACCUUGA